UAUAGCAGCAAUGUUCCAACAUCUAGUGGAAAGUAUGUAAUGUUGAGUAACAAGAAAUCUGUCAUUAAUUUUAACAAGAUCUUAGUCGCACAAUUUUAUAUCUAAAACAGUUUGCUGCAGUAUUUUCUCAUGUGGAAAAAAAAUGAGCGUGAAAACAAUUAGUCUAUCGUUAAAUGACAAACAGUUAAUUGAAGAAUCCAUUCUGUUGACCAAUGACAUGACAGUUCAUUGAAGAAUCCAUUCUGUUGACCAAUGACAUGACAAAGGGGUGUCGACUUCAGCUCCUGAACUUCCACUUGCUUCGAGAGGGGAAAGAAGUGUGACGAAGCCCGAUAACAACAAAAAACGUCACGCAAUCAUUGUCAUAAUAUGAGCACAAACAUUUCACAACUUUUUUUUCGGAAUGGGAAGCAUGACGACGCCUUUAUGGGCGCUACACGGGGAACAGUAAAUGGCGUUUUGAAUGCAGCCGUAGUGUGCUGCCGGGGCUUCGGUAACCAUUGUCGUUUCUUUAAAAAGGAAGUAACUUUGUUUUUCCAUUUCUGGAACGUUGGGAUUUUCCCCGUGCGGAGCAGGAAUCUGGCUGCCGGUGAGGUCGUUCCCGUUUCAGGUUUUGGGGAGGAGGUGGUUCUCCCAACCCAAACAGUCUCUGUGUGGAGCCAGACCGAGCAGAGCGUCAGUGCGGUCUCUGUGGGAGCCAAACCGAGCAGAGCGUCAGUGUGGUCUCUGUGUGGAGCCAGACCAAGCAGAGCGUCAGUGUGGUCUCUGUGUGGAGCCAAACCGAGCAGAGCGUCAGUGUGGUCUCUGUGUGGAGCCAGACCGAGCAGAGCGUCAGUGUGGUCUCUGUGUGGAGCCAGACCGAGCAGAGCGUCAGUGUGGUCUCUGUGUGGAGCCAGACCGAGCAGAGCGUCAGUGUGGUCUCUGUGUGGAGCCAGACCGAGCAGAGCGUCAGUGCGGUCUCUGUGUGGAGCCAGACCGAGCAGAGCGUCAGUGUGGUCUCUGUGUGGAGCCAGACCAAGCAGAGCGUCAGUGCGGUCUCUGUGUGGAGCCAGACCGAGCAGAGCGUCAGUGCGGUCUCUGUGUGGAGCCAGACCGAGCAGAGCGUCAGUGCGGUCUCUGUGUGGAGCCAGACGAGCAGAGCGUCAGUGCGGUCUCUGUGUGGAGCCAGACCGAGCAGAGCGUCAGUGUGGUCUCUGUGUGGAGCCAGACCGAGCAGAGCGUCAGUGCGGUCUCUGUGUGGAGCCAGACCGAGCAGAGCGUCAGUGUGGUAUUUCAUCGAGGACUGUGAGCAAUCCUUUUAGGGUAUUUGUAGCCACAAAACAGCGAAUGAAAUGAGACCAUUCAACAACGUCAGGUCACAGAGGAAUUAAACAGGGCUGAUGCUGAAGGACGAUUGGUUAACAGGGCUGAUGCUGAAGGACGAUUGGUUAACAGGGCUGAUGCUGUAAGACGAUUGGUUAACAGACAAGAGGAGAAUGGACAGACAGACACACAGAGCCUUGAAGGACAGAGGCCAUGUUGAAGACAUUGAUCCAGAAUGAAAUAUUCCCCUCCAUUUGAAGUUGACCCAGAGAUAACAUUCCUAGGAUGAACUCAGCCGUCGAACCGCAGUACCAACAUCUACCAGCGGGUGGCAGAAGUAGAGAAGGAAACGAGACAACCUUUCAAACGGUUCACAGCAUUAUGUCGGAGGUCCAACCAAAAGGGCUAGCUGUCACUGGAUCAAAACCUGAGCCUGAUACAUUUAUCUGAUUGAUUAUUAUUUAAAAAAUAAAAUAAAAAUUACAUUUUAAAAGCUGUCCUUAAUUUAUUUUUAAAACACAUUUGCUAUCUUUAAAUGUUCUGAUUUAGGUGAAGAUACAGGGCCAGUGUUUCCCCACACUCUGUCCUCAGGGCCCCAAGGGGUGCACGUUUCUGUCCUCAGGAACCCAAGGGGUGCACGUUUCGGUCCUCAGGGCCCCAAGGGGUGCACGUUUCUGUCCUCAGGACCCCAAGGGGUGCACGUUUUGGUUUGUGCCCCAGCA